AUGGCAGAGAUCCUGCUCGGCAUGUCCAAUGCUCCAAUGCUCUGGGAUAUGCUCGCCUUGCACAGCGACAUAUGGAGUGUGUCCAAUUUCGAACAUCUCGAAGCUAUCUCACCUGCAGAUGGAAGCCCGAUGAAAAGUGAAAAGGUCGGCUACGCGAACCUGGACGGUUGCGGACAGGCCCUCAGUCCGUCUCUUCCCGUGGCCGGCCUGGGUGCGAUGAAGGUCGCGCCCUCCCGUGCAUCUCCAGCCCCAGGCAAUGCUUGCACAGCAGGCUGGGCGAAUGAGAGGAGAGAGCUGCAGACGCAGAUUCAGCGCUUGCGCGAACAGCUUGUGCAGCAGCGCCACAAUGCUACGGAGAGCAUCACGCAGCUGCGCUUGAGUUUGGAUGCCGUGCACGCCGAGCAAGAUGCUGAGCGGACAAAACUGCAGACUCAGCUGAGCCUCCAACGCGCAUAUCUUCAAGCCGAGAUCGUUUGCCAGGACAAGCAUCGGGACAAGGCCGAACGAGCUUUGGAAGCCCUUCGGACGAGGACGAUGGACCGUUUUAACCAUCCUCGAUUGCUUCGAAAAGCUUUUCGCGCAUGGGCCCGCGCUUAUCGCGAGACAGCGGAAGCGGCACGGAUGUUGACAAAGUUGCCAUCUGUGUCUUCCCCACGCCGGCUACGAUUUCUCAUCGAAGACGCGGAACGAGAUAGCUUCUCUGUGCAGUGCGGUCGGUGGCUGGAAGAUGACGAGGAGGAGGAGGAAGACGACCAAGAUCCGCGCUCCGAGGAGGAGAGAAUCUACGACAGCCGCAUGAUCCUCCAGGAUCAGGCGAAGGCGGCCGUUUUCACCAUGACCAAGGCCAUGGCCGAAGCCGAGGACAUGUGGACAGCUGUUUGUCAGCGUAUGGAGUUGACAAGGCAGGCAACCUGCACCAUUGCUUUCCAUGUUUGGUUCUCAGUUCUUAGCGUUAUCAUUGUGAUGAGUUGUAUCUCGUUUCCGAGCGACCGCGACUGCAUUCCUGCAAUGGCGGCAAAAGACUCGCAGAUCCUCAAGCUGGCAGGUGGCAUGGCCUUGGGGGCCACUGCCUUGAUGGUGGCCUCUGGCACGCUGAAGAAGUCCUUGAAGGAGUCAGCACGACGUGCUGCUUCGUCCCCUUUUGAGUAUCACCUGGCAGUGCAUUGCUCCGAGAUCCCAUCCGGUGCAGUGUGGCAGUUGGUGAAGCUGCCCAAAACUGCGAAGGUACAGGACUUGCAUGAAGCCACCGUCGUGGCUUUGGGCAAAAGCCAGUUUCCAGAAGACAUGGAGAAGUUCGGGUUCUAUCCAGUGCAGCGGAAGACAGUGGAUGGAGUGUGUGUGAAGCUCGGGGAUCGCCUGCUGGAAGUUGGAAGCCUGGAUCUUCUGCUUUCAGCUCUGCAACCAGAGCAUCUACAGGUGAUUCAGCUGAUCUUUGCAAGGGAGGCACCCUUUCCGUCAGAUGUGCCAGAGGGGCCCAAAGCCUUCCCCACGUGCGGCAUUUGCUUACCGGUCAUGGGCACCAGCUACCAGAACAAUGGACCUUAUCCGAUUCCGGAGUAUAACUUCGCCCGAAACGUUUUUCCCACAAGUGGCGAGUAUCCCUAUGGUUCCACUGUUCGAAGCCACGCUGGUCAAAAGCAGAGUGUCGGAGGGUUCGGCACCUCCGUCUUGCACGAGGAUGCUCAAUACACCGAGACCAUGACUGCCGAUGCCAGCAUCAUCCAAGAGCUGGUGUCAAGAGCAGCAGAUUUCCCCAAGCUUUGGAACCGGGAUGUUGAGGUCGGGUUGCAGGACUUCACGGCUAAUGGGCUGUUCACCAGCAGCGAGCAGUCAGAGGAUUGGAAGACAGGCCACAGUCUCCUCCCUCGUGGCUUCAACCAAAUCAAGGUGAAGAGCUUCGCACCACAGAUCUUGGCCAAGACGCGCGCCUUCGUGGGAGAGUGGUCGAAGUUUGAAGCUGGGCAGCUGGUUGAAGAUGUCAAUGAAUGGCUGACCGCCAUGACAGCAGAUGCCGUCGUCUCCUGCAGCAUGGGAAUGGACAUGCAGAAUGUGGAACGUUUGGGCUCCAAGCAGACACCUCACAAGUUUGUCGAGACCUUCCGGUUUGGCUUAGGGGUAUCCAUCGGAAGCAUCACGGCUCAGACUGAGUAUGGCCUCAAGCGGUUCCUGCCAUUCUUCGAUGCAGAAGGUCAGCUUCAAAAGAGGUACCAAGCCAGCAAGAAGGAGAUGCAAAGGCAAGUGGAGAAUCUCGUUGAGGCAACCCGAAGAGGCGAGCUGGGUGACAAUUCCAUCAUUGCCACGAUGCUGAACGACUCAGGUGCAGAUGGCAAACAUGUUCGAUUCGGCGCGCUGUAUGGCCACAUUGUGAACUUGAUGAUUGCGGGGCACGAGACCACGGCGGCUACCUUGGGUUUCACACUGCAGCUUCUAGCGGAGCAUCCCGUCUACGAGGAACGAGCGUUGGAGGAGGUCAGGCAAGUGUUGCAGGGCCGUGAAGAGCCUUCUGUGGACGACGUGCCCAAGCUGCAGUUUGUGGAGCAGUGUUUCCGCGAGGCUCUGCGGCUUUACAGCCCUGUGACUACCAUCACGCGGGACGUGGCCUAUGAUACGCUGCUGGGAGGCCAUCGGGUCUACCAGGGUGAGAGGAUCAACUUGGUGACCCGUGCCCUGCAUACGAACCCAGACUACUGGGGUGGUGAGUUUGGAGACCCCUUGAGCUUCAAUCCAGCUCGUUUCUCUCCAGAGGCGGUGAGACAGCGACAUCCCAAUGCCUAUCAUCCCUGGGGCUUUGCCAGUCGUGCUUGCAUCGGAAGCCAGUUUGCCCUCUUCGAAGCCAAGACCUUCUUGGCUUCGAUGUUGAUCCACUUCCGACUCGAAGGCAUCCCGGGCUACACGAUGGUGGCCAGUUGUGAGGCCGGGGGUGCUUCACCAUCCCCAGAGAACUUGGCCUUCCGUGUGUUCCCACGCCCAGGAGGGCCACUCUGGUGUGAUGGUAUCAUGCGGCCACUCCGGGCGGCUGCGUCUUACGAGGCAACUGCAGAAUCGAUGCAGGAUGAUGCAAGCGACUCAUAA